UACAGUGUUAUUGCUACUAUUUUAAACAGCAAAUUUGAAAGUCUAAGAGUCUCAUCCACCCUAUUGACAAGAAGUUCAUCUUCCAAGCCCUAGGUCUCUUUUUCCGAGGGUUCAGAACCCUUCCCCUGCUGCACGCAGGCAGCCCUGGCAUGCCUGGGAGAAGAACAACAGACAGAAGCCUCUGAGCCUGGAACUAACUACCGCUGCUGCUCUCAGUGGGCACCUCAGCGUGGAGUCCUGAAAAGAUGGGGCCUGGUCUUCUGGGACGCUUUCCUCUCCUCCUAUUGCUGCUGGGACUAUGGUGGUCCGUGCGUCCACUUUGUGCUUUGCCUAAGCAUCUCACCAAGGCUCACUGGUUUGAAAUUCAGCAUCUACAGCCAAAGCUUCUCCAAUGCAACAAGGCAAUGAGUGGUGUCAAUAAUUAUACUCAGCACUGUAAACCUCAAAACACCUUUCUGCACAACUCCUUCCAGGACGUGGCUGCUGUCUGUGAUUUGCCCAACAUAGUCUGUAAGAACGGCUGGUACAACUGCCACCAGAGUCCAAAGCCUGUUAACCUGACUCAGUGCAGUUUCACUGGGGGGAAGUAUCCUGACUGCCACUACCAAGACGACGCCCAAUACAAGUUCUUCGUUGUUGCCUGUGACCCUCCUCAGAAGACCGACCCUCCCUAUCAUUUGGUUCCUGUACACUUAGACAAGAUUGUUUAAAGUUUCUAUCACCUUCCCUCUCACGUGGCAUAAAUUCUCUUAUGAGCUCUUCUGAUUUUUCUUUUGUUGAUUUUCCUGAUGAGGACAGAUCAGAGUUGGGACCAAAAAAAAUAUAGGAUUCUUUUCUGCUUUGGAGCUCUUGUGUUUUGAAAGAAGGUAGUAGGGAAAAGGGCAAAGAAGGGUCCAGGCCUCCACAUUUUCAGCCUUAGAACUUGGCCAAUCUUUGUUGUAUUGUGUUCACAGCAAUAAAACAAUU